UGCUCCGUCGCGUGUGGCAAUUAUGUCAGCGCGCGCGUGGGCUCGCGCGUGGCCAAUGCUAAUGCUAAUAGCGCUGGCGCGGCGGGCUGAGUCCGGGCCCGAGGCUGAGGGCUGCCUGGCCGCGGGACUCUGCUGCAGCGGCCGGGAGAGCUCCUGCCUCAGCCGCGGCUGGAGGACGGACCGCACUCACGGGGAGUGUUACUGCGACCAGGCGUGCGGGACGCUGCGGGACUGCUGCUACGACUACGACCAGGCGUGUCCAGCUGUACCUUGUGUGGUCAGUGAGUGGAGCGUGUGGUCGGGCUGUUCAGAGCCCUGUAAAGCCACAGUGCGUGUGCGGCAAAGACGGGUACUGCAAGAGCCUCAGAAUGGAGGUGAGCCAUGUCCUCCUCUCCAGCAGACAGCUGGGUGCGCAGAGUACCACAAUCAGCAUGGACAUUGCCUCCAGUCUCUGGUCCCUGCACUCAUCACCACUGGUGGCUAUGGCAACGCACGCAAGAAGAGGGAAGUCUCUGACAAGAACGACAUCAUAGGCUACUGUGUGGAGUUUGAACUCACCUCGCUGACCUCAGCUUGCCAGCACAACAUCGGCCCUCACACCCAGUGGAUGCAGUAUCUGCGGGAGGGACACCAGGUGUGUGUGGAGUGCCAGCCUCCAGCCCUAGCAGCUGGCCAGAAGCACUGCUCUGGAGAUGGAGAGGACAUUGAGCAGGACAGAAGAGUGUCUCUGCAGUGGCAGGCCGUGGGGAACCCUCGAUGCAGAGGGGUUUGGAGGCGCGUUCGCCGUCGAGAUUCUUGCUCUUGCCCCACUGUACAUAGCUUUCUGUUCAUCUAACAUACACAUACAGACAUCAGACAUUCAAUAUCAUGUUCUGCUUUAUGCUGGAGCUUGUGAUCAUCCAGGUAAAGUUCAUAUAUGAACAUGUCUUAGGAGUGUGUGUACUGUGGUUGUUGAGCAUAGAGAACAUACAGAUAUACCCUUAUAAAAAAGGGUAAUAAUACUAAAGGAAUUUCUAUAGGACUCUUAUAGGAAUCUUACAAUAAAUUGGGACAAUUGAGUACUACACAAGUAUUAUAGUUAACUAUAAGGCAGCAGAACAGGAACAUAUGUAGAGUUUAAGUAUCAGACAUUAUUAUGGAAUUGUUAUACAGCACACCUUGAAAUCAUAUUUUCCUGAUGUAUGUCUAUUGCUGUUUAUAAAGGUAGGAAUAAACAAUCAACAAGG